AUGUGUGGAGAAACCAACCGUCCAACAUUCGGAGGCACCAUUGCCGUCCUAUUCCCUCAAGGGACUCAUCAGAGCUCGAACACUUCAGAUGCAUCAUUGUCCUCAUCACCAGAAUCAGUUUCCUCGUUCACAUCAUCAUCGUCGACAGCCUCGAUGUCGUCAUACUCUCUUUUCUUUCGCGACACGGACGAAACAACCCCUAAAACGAGGGCGAUCUUCCGAACGGAAGAUGCAGAGACAUACCAUGCACUCAGAGCAUGUCGAGAUGUCGAUAUGCGCAUUGAGAAAUUCGGCGAUCUCUCCACUACAUCACAAUCUACCUCACCACUUCAUCAGUUCCACUUGAAUAUGCAACAGGACAAGAACUUGAAAACGGCAAAUCCGACGGAGAUCGAAUUUGAGCUGCCCGAAAGGCUGGACCUGGGCGUCUCGGAGAAGGGUGUCAUUGGCCGACAAGUGACAGUCAGAGAGCAAGGAGGUUCGAUCCUGGGAAUUGGAGUGGUGGGAUACAAUUAA